ACGGUCUGUAUGUGUUAUUAUUUUAGCCAGAAAUCUGCACUCAUCCAACAGAUUUGUGAUUAAAAACCGUGACUGUACCGUCUAUUUGGAGGAGAGAAUACAGAGAAACUUGUACCGAAGGAUCGCCGAGAAUACAUACUAGACAAUAUUAUCCAACACAUCCCUCUCCACUUUUAAAGGAAAAUUUGAAUGCUAAUUCUAGCUUUCUCUCAGCUGGUAGAUUUCUGUUUGCGAAAGUAGCAAAGAGUUACCUACCUUCGUUUUAUCAAUUUGCAUUUUAAUUUUGAUGUGAAUGAACUUCGAUUCAUUAAAGAGAAAUGACCAAAUAUUUAAAUAUUCACCCGAACCUAAUUAAGGAAAGGAAAGGUGCCACUUUCGAUCCAUAUACAUUAACUUGUUUACUGUGGGAUGGCGACGAGGUCGUAAAGCAUAAAAGAAAUCUAGUUGCAUUACUGGAAAAUGACCCAAAUCUUCAAGAUGAGAAUUUAUCAGACUUUUUAUCACAAGAGGAGAAAAUUGAUUUUGCCAUAAAGAAAACUAUAUAUCUCUUCAGAAAACUUGGAAUGAAUGAGAAAGAAUAUUACAUGUUUUUAUUUCAAAACUUCUAUCCUUUCCAGCAGCUAGGUUUCCCUCUUCACUUUGUUAUGUUUACUUCAACAUUAAAACUCUUAUGUAGUCCUGAACAGGCUAACUACUGGCUACCAAAAGCAUCCAACUUAGAGAUACUUGGAUGUUAUGCUCAAACUGAAUUGGGACAUGGUACAUUUUUAAAGGGUUUAGAAACCACAGCUGUGUAUGACCCACUAAAUGAAGAGUUUGUGCUAAACACUCCAACUACAACAUCCAUGAAAUGGUGGUCAGGACAGUUGGGCAAAGUAGCAAACUAUUGCAUUGUCAUUGCUCAGCUGUAUAUUAUGAAUAAGUGUUAUGGAAUUCACCCAUUCAUCCUACAAAUCCGGAGUUUAGAAGAUCACAGCUUCAUGCCAGGAGUAAUUACUGGAGAUGUUGGUCCAAAAAUGGCAUUGAAUUCCAUAGACAAUGGCUUCAUGAAAUUAGAUAAUGUUCGAAUACCCAGAAAUCAACUUUUAAUGAAAUAUGAUCAGGUUCUUAAAGAUGGUACUUAUAUAUCAGGCCCAAAUAAAAAAUUUAUGUAUGCUACUAUGAUGACAGUAAGAUGUACCAUAAUUAUGGAGAGUGCUCAGAACCUAGCAGCUGCCUGUACCAUUGCUGUUCGUUAUAGUGUUGUGCGUCAACAAUCAGAAGCAGAACAAGGGGCUGGUGAACAAUCAGUACUUAACUUCCAAACUCAACAGUAUAGAUUGUUUUCUGCUUUAAGUACUACUUUUGCAUUGUUUUUUGCUUGGAGAAGUAUGAAUGAGGCUUGUCAGCAGAUAUUGACAGAUGCCUCACAAGGAAAAACUGAUCAAUUUCUAUUUUUGCAUUCCUUUUUAGCUGGUUUAAAGGCACAAAGCACCUGGUUGGCUACAAAAUAUAUCCAAACUUGUCGUGAAUGUUGUGGUGGUCAUGGCGUCUCUUUAGCAAGUGGUUUACCAUUACUUGAAAGUCACACAGCUGUUUCUUGUACAUAUGAAGGAGAUAAUACUGUUAUGAUUCUUCAGACUGGAAAAUUCUUACUUAAAUGCUCUAGAGACAUUUCCCAAGGAAAGAAUUUGGUUGGUUUUGUCUCAUACCUCAAUGCCAAUUACACAACAGAACAUCAAGAUGUUGACUCCAAUUUACACUUGCCAGCACUACUGAAAUUAUGUCAACAUAGAUCCAAAAGAAUGCUUUUAUAUAUUUCAAAACUUGUUUUUGAGAAGAUAAAUUCUGGAAGCUCACUUGAACAGGCAUUCAAUAUAUGGUCAAAUGAGAUAAAAAAUAUGGCUAUUGUUGUCUGUCAAGUUUACACCAUGGAAAAAUUCAUUGAAGCUAUUGGUCAAAUAAAAGAAAAUCGCUUGGCAUCAGUAUUGACUGAUGUUUGUAAAUUUUACUGUGCAUUUAAUAUUGUGGAGAAUAUUGGUGAUUUUUUACAAUUCAACCUUCUCACCGUAGAACAGGUAAAAUUACUGAAAACUGCAAUGUAUAAUCAACUGUCCAAAAUAAGGCCUAAUGCUAUAGCAUUAGUAGAUGCCUUUGAUUUCUCUGACCGUUUCCUUCACAGUGCUCUUGGUCGUUAUGAUGGUCAAGUUUAUCAAGCUCUUUAUGACUAUGCCAAACUCGCUCCAAUUAAUUCAAAAGAAGUACAUGACAGCUGCAAGGAAUAUCUGCUUCCAUUUCUCAAACAGCAGAGUUUGAAAGCUCAAUUAUAAAGGAAAAUUUUAUAUUUUAAUCUUUACAAAAUUAUAAUUCCUUUAUACUUUGUCUACUCAUUUACCUGGUGCUAUAGAAUCUGUUUCAUAAAAAUACUGCAUACAGUACAUAUUUUCAUUGUGAUAUUUCUGGUUUCCUGACGGAUUUGUUAAUGAGGAAAAAUUUUUUGAACUGUUCUUUCAAUGGAAAGAUUUUCUAUGAAAAGCCAACAUAUAAGUGGAAUGAAUGAAACUGAUUAUAACUAUUUUAAUUAAUUUCAAAUUAUUUUCAUGAUUGUAAUUAAUUUCUUCAUCAAAUUUAAUUAUAUUAUUCAAACUAAAAUUUACAAAACCAUAUUUAAAAAAUAUAAUUGCUUAGAUAUAUGUUAAUUUCAUCAUACAAAACCAAUAUUUGAUCAGAACAAUUGGGAGCAACUUGAAAUUGAAAAGAUUUCAUCUAAUUCAAAGACACCCUAUAAUUAAUAGAAUAAACAUAAUUAAUUAAUAAAAAAAAUUUUAUUUUUACGUUUGUAAGUAUAUAUGAAACAAGUAACAGUAAUAAUAAUAAUAAUAGUUUCAAAUUUUGGCACAAUGUUAGCAGUUUUGGAGCAAGGCAUUUACUUGAUUACAUAGACUCCAGUGCUCAACUAGUACAUAUUUUGUUGACCCUGAAAGGAUGAAAGUCAUAGACAACCUUGGAAGCGUUGAAACCCAGAAUGUAAAGCCAGAAGAAACACCACUACGGAUUUUGUCUAAUAUACUAACAAUUCUAGUUCACUGCCUUUACUACUACUACUACUACUACUACUACUACUACUACUAAUAAUAAUAAUAAUAAUAAUAAUAAUAGCUAUCUUUAAAAUUAAUAAUUAUAAAGAGAUUGAUGCAAUAAGUACCAGACUUAAAAGAUAAGUAUUAGGGUCAAUUUUUUUUACUGAACCAUUCGAAGCAGUGCCCCAGCAUAGCUGCAGCCCAUUGACUGAAACAAGAAAGAGAUAAAAUGGUAUUAUGCAAAGUCAGAGCAAAUAACCAAAUGUUUCUCACUGGUAUGCAUUGUGUUGCUCAUAUGCCAAUGUCCAGUGACCAUACACAUUGCUAUAUAUACAAACAAAUCAUGUAAGAGACUUGCCAUAUGUCUGAAAGCAUUAAUUGUUACAAAAUUUUGAGUCUUGAUUAAGUAAUAUGCUAUUAAAAGUUACAAUAAAAAAAAAAACAUAAAUAGAAUAUUUUUUGUUAAUUACUCAAGAAAAAAUGUUUUUGCCACCAUGGCAGUCAGAAUUAAUUACAGGGAUAUGUUGACAUUUAUUUCCUGUUUAUUUUGCACACGUUUCAGAAAUAUCUGAUAUUUUGACAAUCCUAUUUUUCUAUGCCAAUAAAUAUUUUUGUAUAUCUA